AUCACCACCGGGACCACCUGCACUGGUUUCUGCCAGAGUCUUUGAAGUUUAAUCUUGAGGUCCUGAUAGCGGCUGAGUUUUUCCUGUUGUUUUUCGUCAAUGCAACUGUCACCUGGGAUGGCAACAUCCAUGAUCCUAAAAUUUUUCUUUUCCACAACUGUGAUGUCUGGUGUGUUGUGUUCCAGCACUUCUUCUUCUUCUUCUUAUUAUUAUUAUUAUUAUUAUUAUUAUUGCAAAAUCUGGAUGGUCAUCUGUUCAUAGAAUCAUAGAAUCAUAGAGUUGGAAGAGACCUCAUGAGCCAUCCAGUCCCACCCCAUUCUGCCAAGAAGCAGGAAAAUCAUACUCAAAGCACCCCUGACAGAUGGCCAUCCAGCCUGUGCUUCAAAGCCUCCAAAGAAGGAGCCUCCACCACACCCCGCAGCAAAGAGUUCCACUGCUGAACAGCUCUCACAGAGAGGAAGUUCUUCCUCAUGUUCCUAAUGCUGGAGGUGCUUUGAUUGUGAAUAAAGUGGGUUGGACUGGGUGUCCCCUGGGGCCUCUUCCAACUCUGAUUCCCUCUUUCUCUCUCUCAGCCAAGAUUGACUGGAAGCUGAAGGACAAUGGCAUUGCCCACCGCACUGACCGGUACAGCGGGAGUGAGUUGGCCGUGCGCCGGGGGCAGCCCUUUGGCGUCUCCCUGACCUACGGGGGAAACCCCCCAGCAGUGAGUAGCUUGACCUUCACAGUGGAAACCGGUUCAACGGCUGCUCUCCAGACCAAGACGCGGGUGGCCUUUGGCGUCACUGGGUCUCCACCCAACAACAACUGGGGCGCGGUCCAGACCGCCCCUGCCCCCGGCACCAUGAGCUUCUCCAUCUUCAGCCCAGUGAAUGCAGGCAUCGGGCGGUACCGGUUUGGCAUCCGGACCGGGGGCAGCAGCGCCCCUUCCUCCCUCCUGGGCACCUUCGUGCUCCUCUUCAACCCAUGGCUCCAAGGCGAUGAGGUCUUCAUGCCAAACAAUGCAGAGCGUGAGGAGUAUGUCCUUUCAGAGUCCGGGGUGGUCUUCAUGGGCAGCUCCAACAGCAUCAGUCCACGUGGAUGGGACUUUGGUCAGUUUCAGCCAGACAUUCUGGACAUCUGCUUGUCCAUCCUGGACCGGAGCCUUAACCACCGCAGAGAUGCAGCCACCGACCUCCGUCGCCGCAAUGACCCCAAAUACGUUGGGCGUGUGCUCAGCGCCAUGGUCAACAGCAACGACGACAACGGCGUGGUGUUGGGCAACUGGAGCGGCAAUUACUCCGAUGGGGAGAAUCCCGUGAGCUGGUCAGGAAGUGUGAGGAUCCUGCAACAAUGGAAGUCAUCUGGAUUUCGGCCAGUCCGCUUUGGGCAGUGCUGGGUCUUUGCAGGAGUGCUGACCACAGUCCUCCGGUGCCUCGGUUUCCCCGCCCGCAUGAUCUCCAACUUCAACUCAGCCCAUGACACGGACCAGAGCCUGACGGUGGAUGUCUACUAUGAUCCAGCCGGGAACCCCCUCAACAUGUACUCUGACAGCAUCUGGAACUUCCACGUGUGGAAUGAGGCCUGGUUCGCCCGCUCCGACCUGGGCUCCACGUACAAUGGCUGGCAAAUUUUGGAUGCCACUCCGCAAGAACGAAGCUCUGGCAUCUUCCAGUGCGGCCCAGCUUCCUUGGUGGCCAUCAAGGAAGGAGACGUGGACCUGGACUACGACUGCCCCUUCGUCUACGCCGAGACCAACGCAGACCGCGUCACCUGGACCUAUGACACAGCCACCGGGCAAAAGAAGAAGAUCUACUCGGAGACCAAGUCCGUGGGCCAGUUCACCAGCACCAAGGCCGUGGGCAGCUUUGCCCGCAAAGACGUCACCAACGACUACAAGUACCCAGAAGGCUCCACCAAGGAGCGGGAUGUCUUCAACAAGGCCCGGGGCAAGCUGAACCUGAGCACGCUGGAAGCCACCUCCCGAGUGCCAGAUGCUCCCAAGCCAGACGUGUCCGGGAAGUUCAAGGUGAAGAGCCCGCCUGAGGUCGGCAAGGACGUGGAGCUGGUCCUGCUGCUGACCAACCUGGCCUCUGCAGCCAGGACCCUGACAGCCAACAUGACCGCCUGGAGCAUCGUCUACACCGGGAAGGUCAUCCAUGAGGUCUGGAAGGACUCCCUUGCCCUGACGCUGGGCCCCAAAGAAGAGAAAGCCUAUCCCAUCAAGAUCUCUUAUGAGGAAUACCAGAAGCACCUGACUACGGACAACAUGAUCCGGGCGACGGCUGUGUGCCACUUCAAGGAUGGGAACGAUGCUGUGGUGGAGCAGGACAUCGCCUUGGAGAAUCCCACCAUCACCUUGAAGGUGCCGGGCCAGGCCAAGGUGGGCCAAGCGGUGAAGGUGGAGGUGGUCUUCACCAACCCGCUGGCAGAAGUGGUCUCCUCUUGUGUGCUCCUGGCCGAGGGCAGCGACCUGCUGGAGAAGGCGAUCCGGAAGGAGGUGUCGACCGUGAAGGGCAAGGAGAGUGCCCGCAUCACCUUCGAAAUCACCCCCAAGAAGAAGGGCACCAAGCAGCUGGUGACCAACUUCUCCUGCGACAAAUUCAAGGACAUCAAUACCUUCCAGGUCAUCAAGGUGGUCGACUGAUCCUAGACCCCUCCCCAAAGGGAGGCUCCCCCAAAAGGGAUGGAGGGGCUGCACUACGAGGGAAUGGGCAAAUUUGGGGGCGCAUAAGGGCCCUGUCGUCUGCAUGGCUUUCUUUCAAUACAGCUUUUCUUACUUAC